AUGGAUGCAGUCAGCAAAGUCGUGAACGCAGCCUCAACCGCCAUAUGGGGCGACAGCAGUGCCACCCAGCAACAGUCCACACCGCAGAGCGAAGAGCCUAUCUCCGGCGUCCAAGGCAAGGGUGUCGCCAAUGACCCCUACGACGCUGGUAACCGCGAAGAACAACCCGACGCGCCCUCCUCAGAAGAGAACACCGCCCCUCAGGAGCCGAGGCUGGAUGGCGCAACGACGGAGACUGCGGCAAAGGACACAACCACCGGACUAAAGACCAAGACCGCCUUGACGGAGGAUAACAACAAUGUCAGCGCCCCCAUUCCCACUCCGGCUCCCGUCGUGGCUGCCGUUUCGAGCUCGACUCCGGCUGAGGCUGGUGGUAGCAGCGCCACCAAUGGCGAAACCAAGCCUGAGCAGCGUGCGACUGAAAGCACCGAGGGCCAGAGCAGCCAGGCGCCUCAUGUGGGCCGCCAGGACGCGAGCCCGGAGGCGCUGAGGGGUCCUCAGGGCCCGGCACCACAUCCUGCGGAGGAGUUUGAGGACGAGGCUAAGAGAGUCAAACCUGCGAAGAAAGACGCGGCGCCUGCUGAGGAGAAUUGUGGAACUAACGUCCGUUGGGCGCUAGCUCAUAAACCAAGCUCCACGAAUAGUUCGUCCAAGAGCAACGACAAGGCGUCCCAAGGAAGCGAAAAGGGUAAUGGCGGUGGGAAGCAUAGCCCUCUGCACAAGAUGAAGGAGAAGUUGAGCAAGGUUGCGCAUCCCCGCCAUGGCAGCAACAAAGCGUAA